GCCGGUCUCAGCAUGAAACAAACCUCGAACCGUAACGUACUCCGGCUGCUCGCCAUCGGCCUCGUCUUCCACGUCGUCUACAUUGCAUCCGUCUUCGACUGCUACUUCGUCAGCCCCGUCGUCCAUGGCAUGCAACCCUUCAACGCUGGCUUUUCAGAGGCCAAACGUCUCGUCCUCAUUGUCGGUGAUGGCCUGCGUGCCGAUUCCCUGUUCUCCCCAGACGCGUUUGCUUCUAUCCCUUCGCGACCCGAUGUUGUCGCACCGUACCUCAUGGACAUUGCCCAGAACAGAGGAGCGUUUGGAGUGUCCCAUACCCGCGUUCCGACCGAGUCGCGUCCUGGACAUGUCGCCAUCAUUGGCGGGAUGUACGAGGACGUGUCGGCAGUGACCAAAGUGGACUUCGACUCCGUGUUCAACCGCUCCAGUCAUACUUUCUCCUUCGGCUCGCCUGACAUCCUCCCCAUGUUCGCACGCGGAGCUACUCAAGGCAGAGUAGACGAGUGGAGUUACGAUGAGGAGGCAGAGGAUUUCACCAAGGACGCUACAGCACUGGACGUCUGGGUCCUUGACGAACUCCGCACGCUCUUCCACAACGCCUCAUCAGACGCGCACCUCGACAAGACUCUCCGCAACGACAAGACGGUUUUCUUCCUGCAUCUUCUUGGGCUCGAUACGACAGGUCAUGCGUACCGCCCUCAUUCGAAGGAAUACAUGGACAACAUUCAAGUAGUCGAUCAGAUCGUGAAAGACACUGAGCAGCUCUUCCGGGAGUUUUAUGGGGACGAGGAGACGAGCUUCGUCUUCACCGCUGACCACGGGAUGUCGAAGAUCGGUAAUCAUGGUGACGGAGACCCGGACAAUACCCGCACCCCGCUCAUUGCGUGGGGCGCCGGCAUACGCGGGCCCCUCCCCGACGUACCCCUUUCCUCUUCCUCGUCUCCAUCGUCACAUGACGCCUACUCUUUAUCAUGGCCCGUAUCCCAUCUCCGGCGGCAAGACGUCGACCAAGCAGACAUCGCACCGCUCAUGGCCUCGCUCAUUGGGAUUGACUGGCCCGUGAACUCCGUCGGCGUUCUGCCGGACAUCGAUCCUGCUCAUGCGGGUUAUCUCGCGCCCAAAGGUGGUGAGAAGGAUCUCGCGAGAGCGGCACUGACGAAUGUGAGGGUUAUUGGGGAGCAGUACCGGGUUAAGCACGAGAUGAAAGCAGAGCACACGCUGUUCUACCGUCCCUUUGCGGAGAUCGAGGAUCGAGGCAUGUUCUCGAAUGUAGCGCGCAUUGAGCGGCUUGUAAGCGCCGGGGAGUACACCACUGCACGAGAGGAGUCAGCGAAGUUCAUCAAGCUGCUUUUGAAAGGCGUUCGGUAUCUCGAGACGUACGUCCCCUUCCUCAUUUCUCCAGUCAUCAAACCUCUCACGAAAGAUGUUCGGAACGAUAGAUACGACCGGCUGCUCAUCCAGGCCAUCGUCAUCGCCGGGUACUUCGGCUGGGCUGCCUACGCCUCCCUCUCCAUUUUCCCCAUCUCGGCAUCCUCUCCGCCACGGCGGGCGAGUAGAGGGCACCACGACGCCGUCGAUCUGCUCGCGAGCCUCACUAUUGGACUCUUUUGGGGCCUGUUCGCGCUGCAGAAGGCGCCGUGGACGUUCUACGUCUACGUCGCGUUCCCGUGCUUCUUCUGGCGCGAGUUUCUGGUGAAGGGGUAUCCACGCUUCUCGAGCUAUCUGAGCGAGAAGAAGGCCAAGAUAGGUGGAGUCAGGUAUGCGAAGGCGAUAGGUGUGGGUAUUGUGGUCGUGGGUGUGCUGCAGUCUAUGGUUGCGGGGUACACCGUUCGCGAGGUCUGGAGCAUCGGGUACGGCUUCCUGGGGCUGGUAUGGCCGCUCUCAUGGGCUCCAGAGAAGGCGCAGAAGCACUGGAAGCUGCUCUGUUUCUGGGUGCCGAGCUGUCUCGUUGUCGGUGUGUUUCCGUAUUUGCCGGUGGACAAGACGGAGAGCGCUGCGUUGGUAUCUCUGGGGGCAGAUUUGAUUAUGGUUACGGGCGUCGCGCAGUUUGCGGUGACGAGUAUCGAUGAUAUUCCGCUGAGUAAGGGGAUUCCUGUCGGUAUUCAGAUUGUGCUCGUCGCUCUUGCCAAAGGCGUCACGUCCGACUCGAUCGCGAACUUGCAGGCGAAGAAGGGGUUACCGUUUGUCAACCAAGUUUCGGGAUGGGUUCUCUUCGUCCUCGCCCCGCUCCUCCCCAUUCUCUUCUCUCGCACGCACCGAGACACGCCAACGCGACUCGCGUCGAUCUUCCUCGGCUUCGGCGUGUGCUUCAUCAUUCUGUCGAUCAGCGUCGAGGGUCUCUUCUAUGUUGCAUACUCGUGGAAUAUGUACCUAUGGGUCGAGAUGGAGGCUGCGUACCGGGGAGAUGGGACUUCGCUGGCUGUCGCUUCUGCCCCCGGCACACAGGCUGGGAAGGGUAAGAAGGCGUUGAAGGAGAAAGCGAAAACGAAUGAGAAGACAGAGAUUAAGGAGCCCGAGAAGACGAAGGAGGAUGCUGUGAAGUUAGGGGCGGGCAUAUACGAGUUCAAGAUCGACGAUCUUCGGAUCGCGAUGUUUUUCUUGUUCUUUGUGCAGGUCGCAUUCUUCGGGACAGGAAAUGUCGCGUCAAUAUCAUCAUUCUACUUAGAACCCGUGUACCGUCUCGUUCCGAUCUUCAAUCCCUUCUUGAUGGCUACGCUGCUCGUCUUCAAGAUCGUCGCGCCCUACGUCAUCCUCUCAGCCGCGUUUGCAACGCUGAACGCACGCCUUCGUCUGCCACCCUACUCUUUGUUCCUCAUUGCACUCACAUUGACCGACGGGAUGACGAUCACUUUCUUCCUUAGUGUCACCGAUACUGGGUCAUGGCUCGAGAUCGGCCAGUCGAUCAGCUUCUUCUGCAUCACCUCCCUGCUUCUCGUAUGGUCGGCGGGUAUAUGCGCGGCGGGGGAGUAUGUUAUGUCUGGACCUUUGCAGGCCCUUCCAACUCCUGGGGAGGAGAAGGUCAAGACGGAGUGAUGUUGUGUUCUAAUUUGAUCAGUAGAAUUGAAGCGGGCCCUCAACAUCACAUUCUGGCGGACGUGAUUGUGUGAAAGCUGAGAAACGUGGUGUCACGUUGAGUGCGAGUGGCGACC